CUGGAGGAGUUGAAGCAGGCAAUCGCAUUCAUCAAAGCCCUGGAAAAUGCGACCCUCGAGGAGUCUGGGCUCGAUCCGACGGUCAUAGAACGGAUGCACAAUCCCCAGCGGGAUGGUGAGAUUCCCGACCUGAUGGCGCCCGAAAAUCGUGAGCUCCGGCUCGCGCUUCAACAAUUUAUUAUCAACGGCCACUCGGAGCAGGCGUAUCGAGACAACAGGGAGUCCUUUAUGCAGUACGACGAGGGGGUCGUGCUCCCGACUUACGAGGCGAUGCAAAAACUGGUGCAAGACUUGAGCGGGGUGGUCCCGAUUGUUACUGACAUGUGCUCAGAAACCUGCGUUGCGUACACAGGUCCCUUUGCUCAUCUCGAGCGCUGCCCCUAUGACUCCUGUGGCGCACCGCGCUACGAAACGCGCGGCAACAAACGCGUCGCGCGCCGCACGUUCCAGACGCAUCCCUUAGGGCCUCAGGUACAGGCUCUCUACCGAUCGCGUCAUUGCGCCAAACGCAUG